ACCACCACCACCACCAGCAACGGGCACCACCAGCAGCAGCAGCGAUGGGCACUCUCGCUCACACCUCAAGGCCUUCGUAUCGACACCAACAUCAUCUCCAUGCAUGACUUGUACCACAUGUUCAGCGCAAACUCUGGUAUCCCAUCAACGCCGUCUUCUUCCUUGUGUGACGAAUUCAUUGUCGUCGAGGCGAAACUGUGGAAGUCGGAAUACAAAACUUUCCCGCUUUACAGCACCUGGGAAUCCCAUUUGGAUAAUAACGACGACCACUAUCCUGACAGCAACAACAACCAGCAUAUUCAUAUCCACUCUCAUCAUCAUCAUCGUCACCACCACCACCAUCGUCAUUCUUCUCCCUCUUCUCAUCAGCACGACCUUCACUCGCAUCAGCACGAUCAACACCACCACCACCACGAUACGCUUUCCAACCACCAUCCUUUGUUGUUGAAUUACGAGGAUGGCACGCAACAUAAUGUGCCUAAGCUGACCCUUGAUCGACUGAUUGGCGUGUACCAGGAGUGCUUUAUCUGUCUCAACGAGCCCUGGCACGAUAACACGUUAUCCCAUCGCUAUUUCCGCGGCGAUCUGGACCCACUGGUAACCAACAUAAUCUUUGCUUGGUCUGCACGCCAUGGCGCCAUCUACCACGGCCUAUUUCCCGGGCAGGACCCCAAUUUAGUAGGCGAGCCGUUCUUCAACAAGGCCAAAGACCUAUUGAAAGAGCGGUUUACAACAAGCAACAUUGACACGGUGCACGCGCUGCUGGUGAUGCACAACUAUGUGAUUGGCAAGACGGGCACACAGCGGAAACAGGCCGAGUCUGAAGCGUACAUGUACUUGGGCUUGGCGAUUCGGAUGUGUCUGGAUCUCAAAAUGCACCAGGAUGCAAGUACAACGACGCCUAUUGAAAAGGAGCGGAAUCGGCGGUUCUUUUGGCUGGCGUACUUUUUAGAGACUCUGUGCACGCUCAAUGUUGGCAAGCCGCUGUCACUCCCGGACGACGGCCACGCGUCUUUGGGAUUCCCUGCGUCGCUCAACCAUGAAAUCGGCCCUAUUCGCUGGCGAGUAGAGUUCAUGAGCCAGCGGUUCCGUGUCAUCCGCAUCUAUCGACGCCUGAUGGCCCUGACGACAGCGGCCAAGGAAAAGCAGCCCAUCUCGCUCCAGAUGAUUACGGAGCUAGACAAACAGGUCAAGGACUGGUAUGACGCGCUGGAACCUCAUUUCCGAUAUGACCCGCAUAACCCGAAUUGGAAACAGAUUAACCAGGCUACUUGGAUGCGCGAUCUCGGUUGUCUCAAGCUGAACAUCGAACACCACUACACCAUGAUGCAGCUCUACAGUCUGUUCCUGUCCACCGCAUCGCCUGCGGCAGCCAUGAACGUGCUUGCACGCCAGGUCAGUCGUUCUUCGGCAGACAAGAUUGUCGAGCUUGUCGAGUGCUGGAGCACAUCUUUACCAAAAGAGGCUUGGUGCCAUUUCGCUCUGGAACCCGUCAUGGUGACUACCCGGCUGUAUACCCAGUUGAUUGAAGAGGGUGAUGAAGAUACUCCCGGUAUGAAGGCACGUAUGGAACGUAUAGCGGCUAUCAUGGAGAAUUCGCCUAUCCAGCAUCGUCAUCCUGUCCGUACCAUUGUGGAAACGAUUUAUAACAAUAUCGGCAGUCCUCGUCUACAACAGCAGACACCCCUUCUCGAUCACUGGUCGAGCGCAUCGUUGCCAAUGCUAUCAUCUUUGGAUUUCAUGCAAGAACAACAUCAACAAUCCCAUGUACCAUAGAAUAAUUCCGUUUGUUGAAACCUCCAUUUUAUAUAUACAUAGCCACUUGUUAUAUUUAGAAAGAAAAAAUAAAGUUUUG